AUGAUUGUCACAGAAAUUUUAUUUUUCGUUGCUUUAUUUAUGGCCAUUAAGUUAUUGUGGCAGCAACGACGUUUUCUGUAUUUGGCAUCAAAAAUUCCAAAAAGUAAUUUUGAUUUUUCGCUUAAAGGAAUUUAUAAAUUCCUCACGGCUGACAGUAAAGAAUUAUUUGAAAUGAGUUACGGAAGCUUUAACGAUACAGAAGGAACUGUUAAAACAUGGCUCGGGCAUGUGUUGAUGGUGAUUAUUGGAAAUCCAGAAGAUGUGAAAAUUGUGAUGAAGUCUAAAGACUGCAUUGACAAGCCUAAAUUUAUGAAAUUUUUUCGAGCACCAGAUGGAGUUUUGUUUGGUGACUAUGAGCCAUGGCAUGCACAUAGAAAAAUUUUAAAUCCAUAUUUUAAUGUCCAAGGUGUUAAAGCAUUCAUACCAAUAUUUAAUGAAAAAUCAAAAAAAUUAAUGAAGUGUAUUAAAAGUGUGGAAGGAAGUGGUGAAUUUGAUGUGUUUUAUUAUUUGACUGCAUUGGCAUUGGAAACAGUCAUGAAAGUUAUGGAAUAUGAUAAAGAAAUUAUCAACACUGGAAGUGAAAAUCGUGAAGCUUAUGUGAAAUAUUUGAGAGACUUCCUCAAAUCAGUCUCCCUAAGAAUCUUCAAGCCAUGGCUACAUCCAGAUAUAUUUUAUCAACAAACAAAAACUUAUCAAGAAGAACAAGAAGCUUUGAAGCAAACAGCAUUAAAGUUUUCUGCUGAAAUUUUAGAAAAUAUUCGCAAUAAGUCUAAGAAUGGUGACAACAAUGAGCAUAAAUCGAAAAGUUUCAUGAGGGAACUAACUCAGUCGAAUUUAAAUGAGAAUGAAAUUAACGAUGAAAUUAGGACUCUUAUGGUUGCGGCACAAGACACCACAGCGCUUUCAUCAUCCUCAAUUCUCCUCCUCCUUGCUAUGUACAAAGACAUUCAAGUCAAAGUUGUGGCUGAGCUACAUCAAGUUUUUGGAAAAACACAUGAAGUGCCGUACAUUGACCAUGAUCAACUCAACCAGCUUCAAUAUUUAGAACUAGUCAUGAAUGAAGCAAUGAGACUCACACCAGUAGUUCCAAUAGUCUUUCGACUGGCAAAUGAUGAACUUACUCUAAGUGAUGGAAGUAAAAUUCCAAAAGGAUCAAACAUAAUAAUUCCGAUACACAGAAUUCAAAGGAAUAAAAAGUUUUGGGGUGAUGAUGCUGAACAGUUCAGACCUGAUAGAUUUGAGAAAGAGAAUUUAGAAAAAAUUCAUCCAUAUGCAUUCAUUCCAUUCACAAAGGGUUCGAGAAUGUGCCUCGGGUACCGAUAUGCAAUGACUUUGAUGAAAAUUCAGCUUUCAAACUUUCUAUUGCGUUAUGAAGUUGACACGACUUUGAAGUUUGAAGAACUAGAGUAUGAGUUGAAUACGACUAUGAAUAUAUGUCAGGGAUAUAUGAUUAGUAUUAAGAAGAGGGAGUUAUAA